UAUUUUCCCAUGUUGGACAACCAACUGUUGCUAGUUACCUGCAAAAGCGUUGCCAUGCUACUUCCAUGGAAAACAAAUAAUGGUUACCAUGGAAAUCCCGGCGAGCGACCAUAACAAAGGACUUUCAAAUGAAUUUUUCAUUUACCGACGAACUGCUGAGCGAAAAUGUUGCAUCAGGGAAUAAUCCUGCGCGAGGGACAUGUAACCAGGACAAUAUACAAUCUGAUCAAAGACAAGCGCUACGAGGACGUGAUCGAGUGCAUAACCAAUUUUGGUGAGGCGGCCAACACAAGGGCGGGUCUAUCUACCCUGGGACAUUGCUACUACCACGCCCAGAAGUACGAGGAGGCGGCCACCUGCUAUGAGCAACUGUGCCAGCUGGCGCCCAAAGAAGCCAAGUACAGAUUCUACUACGCCCAGUCGCUGUACCAGGCUGGAAUCUUUGCUGAAGCGUUGCGGGUCCUCAAGCAGAUUGGAGACCAGGAGGAUGAGCUCCGGGAACACUGCCUCCAGCUACAGAGUGCUAUUCUAUACUCCAGCGAGGACUUUGCCGGGGCACAGGGCUUAUUGAAUCAGCGGGCAGGAGGCACAGCCGAUACCCUUAACGACGAGGGAUGCCUCUUGUUCCAAGCGGAUCAGCAUGAGGCGGCGGUGCAGCGAUUCCAGGCAGCUCUUCAAGUGGGUGGCUUCAAUCCUUUAGUGGCCUACAAUGUGGCUUUGGCUCAUUUUCAAAGAAAACAAAGGGCUCAAGCUCUGGAUUACACCUCCGAGAUUGUGGAGAGAGGGAUGCGAAAUCAUCCAGAGUUGGGAAUUGGCGCCCAAGUGGAUAUUCCCGAUGGUGGUGCCAGGAGUGUGGGCAAUCCCAUCACCAUGGCCAUUUCGGGGAUAACUCAAGCACUCAACUUAAAGGCAGCCUUGGAGUAUCAGGAUGGCAAUGAGGAGGCAGCUAGGGAUGCCCUCUUGGACCUUCCACCUCGAGCUGAAAGCGAACUAGAUCCGGUCACGUUGCACAAUAUGGCCUUGACCGAUGUCCAGGGUCCAGUGGCGGGUCUGAGGAAACUGGCAUUCCUUUUGGAACUGGGUGCUCCCUCCUGUCCCAAGGAGACCUUCGCCAACAUCCUGCUGAUCUGCUGCAAGCACGAACUAUACGAAACUGCUGCGGAUAUCCUGGCCGAGCACACGGACCUCACCUACAAGUAUCUUUCGCAGUAUCUGUAUGAACUCUUGGAUGCCCUAAUAACAGCACAAACUAGUGCUGAGUUGGCCGAGAAGAAACUUGGAACUCUGGCUUCCAGUCUGGCCGGUAAGCUGCGUAGCCUGGCCGCCAAAGUUCAGGAGGUUAGGGCCACCAAUGAGCAACAGGCACUCAGGGAUGCCCUCAAGGACUAUGAACAAGCAUUGGAACUAUACCUACCUGUGGUGAUGGCUCGAGCCUGGAUUUCCUGGCGGGAUGAUGAUUUUGUGGGAGCUGAAAGGGAAUUCCAUUCAAGUGCUGAAUUCUGCUCGGAGAACUCCAUUUGGCGUUUGAACGCUGGACAUGUCCUCUUCAUGCAGGGCGACAAAUACAACGAGGCGGCUGCCUUUUAUGAGCCCAUCGUGCGACAGCACUCAGAUGAUAUCAUGACCGUUUCGGCAGCGGUGCUGGCCAACCUGUGCGUAUCCUACAUCAUGACAUUCCAGAACGAGGAGGCCGAGGAGCUGAUGCGCAAGGUGGAAAAGGCCGAGGAGCUGAAGGGCAAUCUGGGCAAGCAAUACCACCAUCUGUGCAUUGUCAAUCUGGUUGUGGGCACUCUGUACUGUGCCAAAUCCAACUAUGAAUUCGGCCUGUCCCGCAUCGCCCAUGCCCUAGAGGGUGGGUCUGGGAACCGCCUGUAUGCCGACACCUGGCUGCACGUGAAACGUUGCAUCCUGGGGCUUCUGACCGGCAUGGCCAAGCAAAACAUCAUCCUGCCCUAUGCCACCGUUCAGGAGGUCCUCAACUUUUUGCGCUUUUGCGAGGCCUACGGCCUUUUUACGCCGGCAAACAUUUUUUCAGCCACCGAACAGGAACCGGAGAAUCCACUGACCAUUGGCAUGGAGGCCAGAAAGUUGAGGCUUCUGAUGAUUCGACUUAGUGAAUAUGAUAAUUUCUAACUUCUGUUUUAAAUU